CUUCCCCCCCUUAUGAGAAGUGGCUGCUAGACAGGGCUUCUUUCUUAGCAUCUUCAGCCAUGGGGCUGGGCUGUAGGUAUUUUGUGGGCUUAGUGCUGCUCUGGUCCCUAAGAAUAGCCCUUGGGCAGGGGGACUUCCACAGGGUCAGUUUCUCUGUCUUGCAACAUGAGUAUGACUGUGGAGACUAUGGGAUGCAGCUGCUGGUCUUUCCCAGCCAGGGCCGCACCGUCCGCUUCAAAGUUGUGGAUGAGUUUGGGACACCCUUCGAAGUUACCAACUGCUCCAUCUGUCUCCAUUGGGUCACAUCUGGCGAGCAAGGAGCGAUGAUCUUCUCGGCUGGCUACAAUGGCUGCCAUGUCCAGAAGAAGGAUGGCCGUAACCACCUGCAGGUGCGAGUGGAGGAACUGCUGAGCACCAGGGCCAUCGCUGCCACCUAUGAUGUGAACAUGACCUGCCCCAAGCCCACUGAACGUGACUUAACCCCAGAGGAGACCAUGCGCUACGUACCGCAGCCGGGCCUGGUGCGCCCGGUGCCCCAGCCGCAGCCGGGCCUGGUGCGCCCGGUGCCCCAGCCGCAGCCGGGCCUGGUGCGCCCGGUGCCCCAGCCGCAGCCGGGCCUGGUGCGCCCGGUGCCCCAGCCGCAGCCGGGCCUGGUGCGCCCGGUGCCCCAGCCGCAGCCGGGCCUGGUGCGCCCGGUGCCCCAGCCGCAGCCGGGCCUGGUGCGCCCGGUGCCCCAGCCGCAGCCGGGCCUGGUGCGCCCGGUGCCCCAGCCGCAGCCGGGCCUGGUGCGCCCGGUGCCCCAAAUAUAUCCUCCACCAAGCAACAUAGGGGCCCAUCUCACAGAGGAGCAGUGCCGUGUGGUGGCUGGGAAGAUGCCCUGUGCGGAUGCCCCAGGCCAAGCUGCUUGCUUCCAGGCUGGCUGCUGUUAUGAUGAGACUGACCUCACUACUCCCUGCUACUAUGGCAACACAGUCACUGUUCAGUGCCUCCUGGAUGGUCACUUUGUUCUGGUGGUCUCCAGGGACAUGUCUGAUCACCCCAUCAUCCUGGAGAGUGUCCGGCUAGCCUAUGCCCAGGCAGGGUGUGACCCCAUCAGGAUGACUGAGGCUUUUGUGAUCUUCCGCUUCCCCCUCAUGCAGUGCGGCACCACAGUCCAGGUGAUCCAUGACAAACUGAUCUAUGAGAACCAGCUGAUCUCUGGCAUCGACAUCCGGACUGGGCCAGACGGCUCCAUCACCCGGGACAGCAUCUUCAUCCUCCAUGCUCGCUGCAUCUACAAUGCCAGUGACUUUCUGCCAGUCCAGGUCGAGGUCUUCUUGCCCCCCACACCUGCUCCAGUCACCCAGGCAGGACCCCUCCGGCUUGAGUUGCGCAUCGCCACAGACCUGAGCUACAGAUCCUAUCUCACAGACAGAGACUACCCUGUGGUGAAGGUGCUCAGGGACCCUCUCUACAUGGAGGUUCGCAUCCUGCACAGAACAGACCCGUCCCUGGUUCUGGUUCUACACCAGUGCUGGGCCACCCCAAGUGCUAACCCCCUGCAGCAGCCGCAGUGGCCCAUCCUGGCGGACGGGUGCCCGUUCCUGGGAGACAACUACAGAACCCAGCUUGUGCCCGUGGGCCCUGCCUUAUCUGAGCUGCCCUUCCCGACUCACCACCAGCGCUUCGUCCUCUCCACCUUUGCCUUUGUGGACUCCGCCUCCCAGGUGGCGCUUGAGGGAGAGGUGUACAUUUACUGUAGCGCCUCAGCUUGCUACCCCUCCCGGCUGGAGCCCUGCAGGACCAUGUGCCCAUCAGGAGCUGCUACGAGAGGCCGCCGGUUCCUGGAUAUCAACAAUGGGACAGGAGAGCCCCAGGACCUGGUGAGCUCUCCUGGCCCUGUGAUCUUCCAGCAGAGCCCUGAGCCGUGGAGAGAGCACAUCUAUGAGAACAAGGACCCUGUCUCCAGACUGGACCUGACCCUGGUGCUUCUGGCCAUGCUUUCAUUGGUGGCUGUGGUUUCUCUUGUUACUGUGACACUACUCCAUAGGAGAAGCAGCUGGAUGACAAGGUCCCCAAUCUUCCAUGGCAGAUGACUGUAAAAUAAGGGAGGGGGAGCAGAAAUAAAAUGUCUGGACUGCA